AUGGUGGCCAAGAAAUCAAGGAUUGUGAUAAUAGGAGCAGGAAUGGCUGGUGUGACAGCAGCUAACAAGCUCUUCACUGCCACUGGGUCCAAGGACUUGUUUGAGCUCUGUGUUGUGGAAGGUGGGUCAAGAAUUGGUGGCAGAAUCAACACAUCAGAGUUUGGUGGUGACCGGAUUGAGAUGGGCGCCACUUGGAUCCAUGGCAUUGGAGGCAGCCCAGUUCACAAAAUUGCUCAAGAAAUCCAUGCACUUGAGUCUGAGCAGCCAUGGGAGUGCAUGGAUGGGUCCUCUGAUGAGCCCAAGACCAUUGCUGAAUGUGGGUUUGAGCUAAACCCCACUCUGGUAGACCCCAUUUCAUCUCUGUUCAAGAACUUGAUGGAUUAUGCUCAGGGGAAGGUGUUUGAUGAAAGUACUGAAACAGAGAGCAAUGGUGAUGUUGAAUACAGUAAGCUUGGAGAUAAAGCUUCCGAGGUUUGUACAAGCAAUGGCGGUCUUGGGAAGCUCAGUGUUGGUUCUUUCCUAAGGCAGGGCCUUGAUGCUUAUUGGGUUUCAAAUAAAAACCAAGAUGAGGAGCUGAAGCUCAAUGGUUAUGGAAAUUGGAGCAGAAGGUUGCUGGAAGAAGCCGUCUUUGCAAUGCAUGAGAGCACCCAAAGGACUUAUACAUCAGCUGGUGACUUGUUUACUCUGGAUUAUAGUGCAGAAAGCGAGUACCGUAUGUUCCCAGGCGAAGAAAUCACCAUUGCUAAAGGUUACUUGAGCAUAGUUCAAUCACUAGCCUCUGUUCUGCCACCUGGGUUGAUCCAGUUAGGCAGAAAGGUCACAAAAAUUGAAUGGCAGCAGCCAGAGACUCAUAUCAACAAUGGUUAUGAUGACACAAGGCCUGUGAAGCUACACUUUUCUGAUGGGUCAGUUAUGUUGGCCGAUCAUGUUAUUGUUACAGUUUCUUUGGGGGUCCUUAAAGCUUCAAUUCAACAAGAUUCAGGUAUGUUCAAUCCUCCCUUGCCUUCUUUCAAGACUGAGGCAAUAUCAAGGCUUGGUUUUGGUGUUGUUAACAAGCUGUUUCUGCAACUGAGCUCUACCCAUGCUACAAAAGGCCAAGACUUCAGUAAGUUUCCAUUUUUACAAAUGGUUUUUCAUAGAGCAGACUCAGAAUUCAGGCAUAAAAAGAUCCCAUGGUGGAUGAGGAAGACAGCUUCUCUUUGUCCACUCUAUCACAAUUCCAGCGUUCUGCUAUCUUGGUUUGCAGGGAAAGAAGCACUUGAGCUUGAAUCACUCAAAGAUGAAGAGAUCAUUAAUGGGGUUUCAGCAACAGUCUCUAGCUUUCUGUCAAAACCCCAAAAGAAAGAGAGAGAAAAUUGUCAUUCCCAUGAACUAUGCAAUGGGAAUUUGAAUUCACAAGAGAACUCUGAAGUAAAAAUUGCAAAGGUUUUGAAGAGUCAAUGGGGUAAUGAUCCUCUGUUUCUAGGAUCCUACUCUUAUGUUGCUGUUGGAUCAAGUGGUGAGGAUUUGGACACCAUGGCAGAGCCAUUGCCAAAGUUGAACAGUUGUGGUGAUGAGCCUGCUACUUCCCCCCCACUUCAAAUUCUGUUUGCAGGGGAAGCUACACACAGAACCCACUAUUCUACCACCCAUGGAGCAUACUUUAGUGGUCUUAGAGAAGCCAAUAGGCUUCUCCAACAUUAUCACCAUGUUGGGGUUUAG